AUGUCAUCAGCUUAUGGAAAAAUUGAUCGACCAAAAGAAUGUAAUCUAUCAAAAUUAGAAUCAUUACUUCCUAUUGAAUCGAUUAAUAAAUCUAAUAAAAUAGUUUCAGUACAUUCAAUAUCGAGCAUUCUACAAAAAUUUACAGAUGAAUCAAAAUUAAUAUCCUAUUUACAAUCUUUAUUAAACAAAGAAAUUGAAGCUGGAAAUACAUAUCCACAAAAAUUUCCAUUGAAUGAUACUGAAUUUAAAAAUUAUUUCUUAUCUGCUGAUGCUUUCGUUGUUCUUAAUAGUGAAAAAGCAAUUUCAAAUGAUUUAUUUAAUAAUCUAGAAGAAAAUAUAUUAGGAAUAUUUUAUAUUAAACCAAAUUUUCCCGGUCGAUGUUCUCAUAUUUGUAAUGGAGGAUUUAUUACAUCAAGCCUUCAUCGAAAUCAAGGCAUUGGUACAGUUAUGGCAUUAGCUUUUAUUGAAAUUGCUCCAUUAUUAGGUUAUAAAGCUUCAAUGUUUAAUUUAGUAUUUGAAAGUAAUAUUGCUAGUGUUCGUUUAUGGAGAUCAUUAGGAUUUAAAGAAAUUGGAAGAGUUCCAAAUGCUGGUCUUCUUAUUAAAAAUAAAGAAAUAACAGAAGAAACAAAUGCAGAUAUAGAAGAAGAAUACGUAGAUGCUAUUAUGUUCUAUUAUAGUUUUACUUAA